ACGAUUCGACUAGUUUCUGACAUUCUUGGCGGUCUGCGAGAAGGCUCGGCAUUUUCUUGUCCUGCGGGCCAAGAGAAUCGACAGAGGCUGAACCAUGCUGCAGUGUGCGAGGUAAGCGCCGAAAAAAAGGACUCUAGGUCUGUCCUUAACCCUCGAAAUACCUUGGCCAGGGAGGUCAGCCAGUGUCAUACCGCAUGUAACGGAGCGCUUAACUGCAGUGAUGAUACUGCAUACUGCGAACUCCUACUCUGUGAGCGUUCGGCUGCUGGUUGCAGAUGACAUGGCAACAUCCGGAUAUCAUCGAUACAACCCGGCUUUGAUUAAUUCUGGACAUGAGUCAUGAGCGAGAGAAGAAUGAUGUUGGAGUUGUGGGGGCCGUGGGGUUCGUGAAACGGCCACUCGAACACGCGGCCUUUGUCGAAGCCACAACUUCGAAUAUAGUAGCUGCAUCUCGGCGCAGCUAAUGUGCCGGGGUAUACAAGAUAAUCAAACAUAUGGUUAUCGGAGGGCGAAUAACGGAAGCCAUUGGUAAGCGAUGGUGUGAUAACACAUACUGGGGGGAUAUCAUAUAGUUCCGCGCCUGAAUUUUCAGAGGUAUGACCAUUACUGAAGAGUCACGGACCGAUACUACCCAAGAACGCACGGGCAAGAGAAAAAAGGUAUAAAUAGGGCUUUUGAUACCCCUCCAGUGCUGCAACUUCUCCCAUCAUCUUCCAUUCUUUUCACAAACUCAUAACAGACACUUUGAAGAUGAAGACCGAAGUGGCACCCAACUUGGCCAUCACCAUCACGGUGGAAAAAGACGGCUUUUACGAAGUCAACGGCACCAAGAUCGAGCCCUCUGUCUCUAUGCACAUGCUGGCUGGGGCCAGUAAGCUCCGUCGUCAGCUCCGCGACACGAGUGAACUGAUCGUCUGUCCGGGCGUGUACGACGGGCUGUCAGCCCGUAUUGCCAUGGAGCUGGGCUUCAAGGCCCUAUACAUGACAGGAGCUGGAACUACGGCAUCUCGCCUGGGCAUGGCGGACCUAGGUCUCGCCCAGCUUCACGACAUGAGGACCAACGCGGAGAUGAUCGCCAACCUGGACCCGUACGGUCCACCUCUGAUAGCGGACAUGGAUACGGGAUAUGGAGGCCCCCUCAUGGUCUCCAAGUCCGUCCAACAGUACAUCCAAGCCGGCGUCGCAGGCUUCCACAUCGAAGACCAGAUUCAGAACAAGCGCUGUGGACACUUAGCCGGCAAGAAAGUGGUUGACAUCGAAGAGUAUCUGACGCGCAUCCGGGCCGCCAAGCUAACCAAAGACCGCCUACACUCCGACAUCGUGCUGAUAGCACGCACCGACGCGCUCCAGCAGCACGGCUACGACGAGUGCAUCCGGCGUCUCAAGGCCGCCCGCGAACUCGGUGCCGACGUAGGCCUCCUCGAGGGUUUUACCUCCAAGGAACAGGCACAACAGGCGGUGGAUGACCUCGCCCCGUGGCCGUUGCUGUUGAAUAUGGUGGAAAACGGCGCAGGCCCCGUGAUCACGACGCAGGAGGCCCAGGCGAUGGGGUUCAGAAUCAUGAUAUUCUCGUUUGCGUCCCUUGCACCGGCUUAUCUGGGUAUUAGGGCUGCGUUGCAGCGCUUGAAGACUGAUGGGGUGGUGGGGACCCCUGAUGGACUGGGCCCGAAGAAGUUGUUUGAGAUCUGUGGGUUGAUGGAUUCAGUGACGAUUGAUACCGAGGCUGGGGGGAGUGGGUUUACCAAUGGGGUCUAGCACGUGGUUUUGGUUUUGUUCCUCGCGAUGUUUAACAACUCGGUCUUUUUAGUACAUUUAUCUAUAUCGUGC